GCAUGGGGGGGCCGGAAACUGAAACCGGAGCGACUACGCUUCCGUUUCUGGUUUUUCUUCCAGUGUUUGGGUCUCUUCGCCGCCGGCCAAGAUGAACCGAUUCUUUGGAAAAGCGAAACCCAAGGCUCCGCCGCCAAACCUGACUGACUGCAUUGGGACGGUGGAUAGCAGAGCAGAAUCCAUUGACAAAAAGAUUUCCCGGUUGGAUGCUGAGCUAGUGAAAUAUAAGGAUCAAAUCAAGAAGAUGAGAGAGGGUCCUGCCAAGAACAUGGUCAAACAGAAAGCCCUGAGGGUUUUAAAGCAAAAGCGGAUGUAUGAGCAGCAGCGAGACAACCUUGCCCAGCAGUCCUUUAACAUGGAGCAGGCUAAUUACACCAUUCAGUCACUGAAGGACACCAAGACCACGGUUGAUGCCAUGAAAGUGGGAGUAAAGGAAAUGAAGAGGGCUUACAAGCACGUGAAAAUCGACCAGAUUGAGGAUUUACAAGACCAGCUGGAAGCUAUGAUGGAAGAUGCGAGCGAAAUCCAGGAAGCACUGGGUCGCAGCUACGGCACCCCGGAGUUAGAUGAGGAUGACCUGGAAGCAGAGUUGGAUGCGCUGGGCGAUGAGCUUCUGGCCGAUGAAGAUAGUUCCUACUUAGACGAAGCGGCAUCUGCACCUGCGAUUCCAGAAGGUGUUCCCACUGAUACAAAAAACAAGGAUGGAGUGCUGGUGGAUGAAUUCGGACUGCCGCAGAUUCCAGCUUCCUAGACUUGCAGGAUUCCAGCACGUGAUGUAAAAAUUAAAAAAAAAUCAAUCCAUAUUCUGGGACUAGGAAAUAUUUCCCAAUUUGCCAAACAGAUUUAGGUUUCUUUCCUUUCUUUGAAGGAAAAGCUAAUUACACUGCUCUUGGAUUUUAAUUUUUUUCCGUUAAGAAAUUCAUUGCUUGGGGGAAGCUGUCUUUUACUAAAAUUUGAUUCUUUUUUUUCUCUUAGGAAAGAUUAACUGAAAAGUCCCUUUGACUUUGUAUGACUUGUUUUCAUUCAUUAACAAUAAUUAAAAAUAAAACCAAGGAGAUGAGCCUGUACAUUCUACAGUAGUAUAAGUGCAGUCUCAGUGUGACUUGAUACACUGAUAAGAUAAAGAUUAUUAAAGAGAUUGAGACUGUU